CAUGUCUUCCUCAACUUCCUCAAUCAUUCACUUUCCUUUAUGCUACAAUAUUAUACAAUAGCUCUUCUAUAUAGUUAUAUACCUUCUCACCCUUAUCAAAUCCUUUCAUUGUUGCAUUCGUCGAUCAAAACAAAGAUUGAAAAAUGAGGACCAAAUCUCAGUCUUCUGUUAAUCUGAAGGUCAUAUUCACAUGCUGCUCAAUCUUGAUCUUUCUCAUUAUCUUCUUUGCAAGAUCAAACAUCUCUUCUUCCUCCUCAAGGCCCCUUUCCAAAACACAUCUCUCUCAAGAAGAAGAAGAAAAUCAGACGCAUUGUCCAUCAACAAAACAAUGCACAAAGAUGCCAAUAUCUUUAUCCGACGCAUUGGUUCACUACGUCACCAGUAACGUCACUCCACAACAGACAUUCGACGAAGUCUCUGUCUCAAAGAGAGUGUUGGACAAGAAGUCUCCAUGUAACUUCCUCGUCUUUGGUUUAGGUCAUGACAGCUUGAUGUGGGCAUCUCUCAACCACGGUGGACGUACCUUGUUUAUUGAGGAAGAUAAGGCUUGGAUCGAGACUGUGACUAAGAAGUUCCCAAACUUGGAAGCUUACCACGUCGUUUACGACACCAAAGUGAAAAAUUCAGACAAGCUGAUGGAGCUAGGAAGAUCAGAGGAGUGCAAAUCCGUCUCCGACCCAAGAAACUCGAAAUGUGAUCUAGCGUUGAAAGAUUUUCCGGCAGAUUUUUACGAGACGAAAUGGGAUCUGAUCAUGGUAGAUGCUCCAACUGGUUACCACGAGGAAGCUCCAGGGAGGAUGAGCGCUAUCUACACGGCGGGGCUUUUGGCUCGCAACCGUGAAGAUGGAGAAACUGACGUUUUUGUUCACGACGUUAACCGUCCGGUGGAAGAUGAGUUCUCGGCGACUUUCUUGUGUAAGGGAUACAUGAGGGAGCAAAAUGGGAGGCUAAGGCAUUUCACCAUCCCUAGUCACAGGGCUCGAGCUGGAAGACCCUUUUGUCCUGUGGAUGUUGAUCGCCGCCGCCGUUGAUUUACAUGGUGGACCUAGAGUCACUUUGCUUAGCUGGCUUUCUGUGUGUGUUUUUGCUUUAUCUUUGAUGAUUUUGGUUUACUUUUAAGGAUUCAGUGCAUUUACUGAAACGAUGUAUUAAUGUAGUUUUCUUUUCUUCAUAUAAUUAUUUGUCAUAUUAAUGAACACAAAUAAAAAAUUAUCAGA